AUGGAUUCUGAAGUUAUCAGUGAACUCCUCAAGGCGAUCCGGGACGCUGUCUCUACAACACAUCAAAAGGAUGAUGACAUCGCUCUGCCACUAUUUGACCCGGAUAAAAACGACUGUGGAGCCAAGAACUGGUGCUGCAGUAUCGAGACACUUGCAUCGGAAUUGAAGUGGAGCAGUAUAAAGACUGCAGCUAAAGCUGGUAAGGCCCUGAAGGGUUCUGCCUUGACGUGGUUCGAAUCAUGGGAACCUUCGGAAGGCAGAUCCUGGGAAAAAUUUCAUGCUGAUAUCAUCGAUGCCUUUCCUGAAAGGAAAAACUUGUCCGAAAAACUCAGUAAGGCAGUAUUAUAUAAUUCAGACUCCGCGGACUCUAACGGAGAAUAUGCGAGAGAAAAACUGAGGACCUGCAAUCAAAUACCAAGCAGGUUACUUCGAGAUGAAGUAGCCUACAUGACGACACGUGCAACCGCGUGGCGUCCACCAUACGACGCGACGCACGUCUUUCUACGAAAACCGGCUCAAGACGCAAGUGGUCCAGACAACAAGCCGCGCCGAGCUGAUAAACGUGCCUGGCGUGCGAGCGUUGCCGCGCAAUUCAAGCCGUAUGCGUGA